AUGUUUCAGGAUGUGAAUGACCUGUCUGAUGAGGAGGAGGCUCCGCGGCAGGGUAAGAGCAGGAAGGAGAAACCAACACCGAAGCCGAAGACAACACCAAAAAAGAAACCAAAGGCUUCUGUAAAGAAAUCUCCAAAGGCCAAGGCUUCUCCGAAAGCCAAAGCAAAAGGGAAAGCAAAAGGCAAAGCAAAAGCUAGUGCAAAGAAAGAACGAAAGGGAGAGCCAUCCAGGAAUGAGGUCCAGCCAGAAGAAACAAAGCCUCAGGAAUCUCAGGUAGAGACGCUGCCAGUUUUGAAGAGGCCAGCUGCGGCAGGUUCAUUGAAGCGUCCGAGCAAGAGCAGCGACGAGCUUCGCUGUUACAAGUACCAGUACCCGUCCAACAAAGUCUACGGCUUCAAGCUCUCAAACCCGAAGAAGGAAGUCUUGAGGGAAUUGCUGCGCCUCGAGCUCUUGAAGCACAAUGGGGAUACCGGUCCCGCUUUGGCCAUGAGGGAUGCUUUGCUUGAUGCUGCGGCGCGAGACGCCGCCAACAUGAAGAAGGAUGAUGCGGACCAGGAGGAACCUGAACCUGCAAAGACAGAACAUGACGACGAGCAUGACGAAGGUGAAGACGGUGAAGAGGAGGAU